AGCGAGGAGGAGCUGGCGCUGCGGAAAGCAAAGAUCAGGCACCCCCUGGCCACCUUUUUCCACCUGUUUUUCCGAGUGAGUGCUAUUAUUACCUACUUGUUCUGUGACUGGUUCAGCAACAGCUUUGUUGCCUGUUUUGUCACUAUUCUCCUUCUUCUAUCCUUUGACUUUUGGUCAGUUAAGAAUGUGACAGGAAGACUCUUGGUUGGUUUGCGUUGGUGGAACCAGAUUGAUGAAGAUGGAAAAAGCCACUGGGUGUUUGAAGCAAAAAGGGUACCUACAACAGCUGCCUCAACUGAAGCUGAAGCUCGAAUCUUUUGGCUUGGUCUCAUUAUCUGUCCAGUUAUUUGGACGGUGUUUUUCUUCAGCACCUUGUUCUCCUUGAAGCUGAAAUGGCUGGCUCUUGUGAUAGCUGGGAUCUCCCUUCAGACUGCUAAUUUAUACGGCUACAUCCACUGCAAGUUAGGGGGACAAAAAAGCAUCAACAGAGUAAUGUCAAGGUUUUUUGUUACAGCAGACGUUCCCAACAGGCAGACAAGGAGAAUUUCAGAAGACCGCACUGAAGAACAUGGGAAGACGAGCACUAGGUAAUCAAAUAAGGAAGAACUAGAAGGAUGAGAAGUAAAAAUAAUCAUGUAUGAAAGCUGUUCUUCAUAUGAAGAUAUUUAAGUAAAACUCUUCUAGAAUUACACCUGC